AAGGAACGGAGCAUGCGCAUUCCUUCUCCUUUUCUCAUUCUACCUUGGGGGAGCCUUCGAAAUGAAAUCCUCGAGUCGCGGCGUUUGGGCGGGACGACGGGAUUCGUGGAGUCUAUUGGCUCUCGGAGCCGUCGGUCUGCAAGAGGCGGGAGCAGCGGUUUUCACGGACUAGGUUUCCGAUUGGGCAACAAGUUUGGGGAAGAGAAGGGGCUCGGGGAGGCCAUUGGCCGAAAGUUUUGGGUCGCGGUGCGGCAGUUGGAGGGGGCGGGGCUGCAAACGGCUUCCCGAGGAGAUUUGGGUUUUUUUACCUUUGCAGGUAAAGGUGAGGACGGAGAGGCGGCGAGAGCGUGGGAGGCUGUCGGAAGGUGGCUGUCGGCGCCUCCGCUCCACAGGAAGAAAACGCUGUAGAGCUAAGAAAUUCUGUGACGAUGGAGAAACACGGUUGUAUUAAAGAACUGGAAAAGAAUGAUGAAAAUAACAUUAACAGACAACUGCAGAAAUUGAAAACUGAGUUGGAGGAGUGCUAUAGACAAGAGACUUUAAAAUUAAAAGAAAUUUGUAUAAAAGAAGUGAAUACAAAAUAUAAAAAUAAUCUUGAGCAGAUAAAAACAGAAUUAAAUGCUAUUAAUUAUGAGGGAAAUGUUCAGAAUUUGAAUAUCAUUGUUAAUUUAAAUAAUAAACUUCAGGCAUUAGAAUCUGAUAGCUCCUCCUUCUACAAGGAACUUGAAAACUGUGUUGGAGACUUUGUGAGGAAACACUCUGAAAUUGAUUGGAAGUAUACCACUCUGGUAGAAGAACUUGUGUUACAACUUACUAAUAGUGAAGAAAGAGCAAGAGAAUCAAAACACGAAAAGGAAAGUUUAAAUCAAGAGAUUGAAAAACUCAGUUCUUUAACUUGGGAAUUAAAUGACAAACUCCUUCUUGAAACAGAAAAAAGCAAAGAUUUACAUUGUAAGUAUGAGAAAGAAAUACAUUUUUACAACAUGAUGCUAAAAAAUUUACAGCUAGAGACAACACAGUUACAAGAAGUAUUGGGGAGGCAGAAGAUAAAACUUGAAGAGAUGCGCAAUACGCUGCAUCAAUAUGAAAAUGAACUGUGUCCGGCUGACGGGGAAGUGACUUGUUUGCGUGAUUUCAGAAUAGACACUUUGAAAAAUGUGUUAGAAGAUGCAAGGCAAAACCUAAAUAAAGUCAAAGCCCUAAAGGAUACUGACAACUUACAAUCUGGUUAUUACGUAAGAGAUCAUAUAGCAGAACUAGAGCUAGAGGCUGUUCCUGAAAACACAGAGGGAUUAAUUAAACGUUUUGAUAUCACAGAGAGGCAGGAGCAGUCGGGCAUAUGUAACAGUCCUGGACAUUCAGACCCUGGAAAAGCUGCUUUUAAUACAUCCACAUGCAGAGGUGUUUUAGAAUCCAGUAAUGGCAAGACAGGUUUUAAUUUUAAUGACGAUUUUUAUUCAAAUGAUUUGCUAGAAGAGACUUUAACUGAAACUGAACUCAGUGAACAAUCUAUGGCUUUACUCUUUUCUGGUUAUUGUUCACCACAGAAUGAAAUAGAAAGGCACACCCAUAUAAGUGAUCAUCAGGUUGAUUUUGGUAUUGGAGAUAAUGGCCUGAUAAAGCAGAGCAGUGAAAAAGGAUUUAUUUUUGACAAGGCUUUUCAGGGAGCUGGAGGAGAUGCAACAGCUGAAAUCACAACUGCACACUUAAAAGAACAGGAGGCACAUGUUGCUAAUGAUGAAUCUCUCAGUCGAAAAAUGGAGAAGGAGCUAGAACCAGAAAACAAAAGGAAGCAAGGAGAUAACAGUGAUUUAAUUAUUUGGGUUGAAGAAUUCAAGCAUGCAGUGCAAGACUUAACAUCUCGUUCAUGGGAAGAAACAGUAAAGGACCUCCAGCAGGAAAAAGAAAAUUUAAUGAUGCAAUUGAAGCUGCAGGAGCAAUUAGUAAAAGAUGUUCAGGAGCAAAAGACAGCCUCUGAUUCUGUGACCAGUGAAGUACAAUCUCUGUUUGGACGACAGCUAACAGUUUUGCAGAGGCAAAGAGAUCAAAUGCAAACCCAGAUUGAUAGCCAAACGGCAAGGAACAAGACCCUUUUGGAACUUCUUGGUCAAAAAGCUGUUCUAGAAAAAUUCUUAUUGAAAGAACAGGAGGAUCUCAAGUCUGAAAUCAGCAUCAAAGAACAAAGUUUAUCGUCUUUACUUAGGGAGAAAUCAACCUUGGAAGAAAAACUUUUUGCAAUAGGGGAGCAUCUAAAGGAAGCAGAAAAGGCUUUUGAGGAAAGCGCUAACAAAACAAUGAUUCUUGAACAAACGGUUGAUGAACUUAACAUGAGAAUGAAAAGCACUCAGGAAUCACAUGAAUCUGACAGACUAGUGUUUGAAGAGAAACUGAAAGCCAGUAGUUUAGAAUUACAGAAGCUUAGCGCUGAAAUAACACAAAAAGAAAGGGAAUUUAUGCAAAAGGAAAAUGAGUUGAAUGAAGAAGUAGCUUCUUUAAGGAAUGUUCAGUUGGAACUUGAAACUCGUCUAGAGGAGACUGUAAAGAACUUGAAAGAGAUGCAGGCUGAGUCAGAGAGAGUUCAGAAGGAAGAACUUAGUAGAACCAAGUCUCUUUAUCAGUCUGAUCUUUCAGAUAUGAAAUUGCAGCACCAGAAGCUGAUAGAAGAUCUGAAUGAAGAAAUAAAAGAGAACAUAGAAAAGCAGAAACAGUUGGAAGUAGAAUGGAAAGAACAGAUUGGAAUAAUAAAAAAGCUUCAUGAACGAGAACAUGAUCGUGAAGUAGCUGAGCUAGUUACACAGCAUGAGAAUGAAAUGAAAGAGCUACAUGCUAAAUUAAUGCAAGAGCAACAGCUGUUGUUGGAUGAGUUGCAACAGCAAAUGGAGGCUGCACAUGAAGAAGAGAUGCAGCAAGCAGAGACUCUGCAUAAUCUUAAAAUUGAAGCUUUAAGAUUAAGUUCAAACAAUGUGCACACGUCUCAGUUGGAGCUGAUGCAGAACAAUCUGAGGAAGGAGAAGGAAACGGCCCUUGUGGAACUGCGGGAGAUGCUCAACGAUAAGCAUGCUCAAGAAGUAGCGGUUCAGCAAAGCCGAUAUCAGUUUGAGCUGCAGCAUAUCAAGGAACAACAUCUGAAGGAAAAGGAAGAAAUGAUUUUGAGGCAUCAGAGUGACCUAGAUAAAGAGAAGAAAAGGGUAACAUUAGAAAUGGAGGAAAAACAUGCCAAAAUAUUAGAGGAUCUUAAAAAAGAAUGGGCACUGGAUACAGAAAUCAGUUGUAAAAACAUAUCUGAAGAGUUAGCUGAAAAACAUCAGGCUGAGUUGAAUGAGGUGAAAAGAACUCUGAAAUCAGAACUUGAAGAAGUAAAAAGAAAGUUGGAGAGCCUGUGCCUUGAAAAAGAACAGGUUGAAACGGAGUGUAAAAACCUGGAAAACCAGUACCAGCUUGCCAUGACGAAGCUGCAGACUGACCAUGCCCAAGAACUGCAAGAUGUGAAAGAACAAAGCCAGACCAACCAUGCACAAGAGCUGCAGGAUGUGAAAGAACAAAGCAAGAAACGUGAAGAAGAGUUACAGCAGGAGAUAGAGGAGUGUCAUGGUAUAAUUGAAAAACUAAAAGCGGAGUCUCAAGAAGAAAUCAAACAUCUUUGGUAUCAGCUGGACAGUGCACGAGCAAGUCGGCAAGAAUUAAGUGAGUUAAAAGAACAGCUACUUGCUCGCACAUCCCAUAUGGAAGAAAUGGAAAACUUGAAGAAAGAUUUUCAAACUAAAUGGGAUAAAAAGAGAAGCGAUCAUGAAAAUGAAUUGGAGCAGUUAAGGCUUUAUUUCGAAGAGAAAUUAAAAGUUCUGGAAGGGAACUACAGAGAGGAAUUAACAGUGCUGCAUCAGAGGCUGCUAGAAGGAAAAGAUGAUUCUCUAUUGGGGAUUGAGAAUGACCAAGAUGAACAUAUGGAUAUGGGCCCAUCUGUCACACUUUUAGAAGAGAUGACUGAAAAAGAGAGACGGGAUCUUUUUGAACAGCUCACUGUGCAACUGGAGCACCACAAGGAAGAACUGUCCGGUUUACAGCAGCAUUUGGAUAAAAAACACAAAAGCGAGCUAGAGUUAUUGAGCUCUUCCCUCACACUCCAGUACCAAGAGAAUCUGAUGAAAAUGAAGAUGGAUCUUUCUGAUAGAUACACUCAUGAAAUUGAAGAACUGAAUAGGAAACAUUGUUUAAAUCUUGAACAACUUCGUGCCAAGCUUUCAGAGGAGCACCUCAGAGAAUUUACUAAGGUUCGCCUACAAAGCGCUCAAGACGCUGCGCGUCAAAUAGAAACGGAGGUAGCAGAACGAUUUGCAGCGUUGGAAAAUGAAUACAAAGUUAAGUUUGGUGUUCUUGAAGCUGAGAGGAAGUCAGUUUCCACCCAACAAGAAGAAAUAGAAAACCUGAGGAGAGAAAAUUCUAAACUGAAGGAAACGAGUGUACAAGAAGAACUUCUUUUGAAAGACAAGCUGGAACAGAUUAAAUGUCAGCUCAUUGAAGAUCACGUGAAUGAAUUAAGAAGAGCUAGAGAAGAGGUACAUGAAAUAGAAGAAAUUCACAAAGCAAAAGCUGAAGAAUGGAAGCUGAAAUGGGAGGACUUGAACAUCAAGACUGAAGAGAAAUUGCUGAUGUGUAAAGAGCGUGAAGACAAGGCAGAACAGGAGAAGCAGACCUUGAGAAAGCAGUUUGAACUUCACGAAGCUGAGAUGACUUACCUUCAAGAGCAGCAGGCUGCCAGAAUCGCACAGUUAGAGAAAUCUCUAACGGAGCAGCAGAACAACGUCCAGCAGCUGGAGGAUAAUUUAGCAAAUGCACAGAAGACUUUGUCUCAGUAUGGUGAUGAACUAAACUCUGCAGAGGCUCUCAUGGCCACAGAAUUAGAAAAAACAAAGCAUGCGUUCCAAGAGGAAUGCACAGAAAAACUUGAGGAUGCACAGAACAGGUUUAUGGAAGACAAAACAGUCAUGACUAAGAAGUUUGCUGAAGAACAUGAAAUUCUUCUUCAGCAGCUGAGAGAAAAGCAUAUUGCUGAGCUGGUUUCUCAAAGACAAGAGCUGGAGCAUAAACAUAAGGAGCAAAUUUUAUCCCUCACAUCGGAUCUGCAGGCGCAACACCAAGCUGAAAUUGAGACCCUCAAAUCCACAUUUAAAAAGGAGCACCAGAUUCAUUUAGAAACAAGCGAAGCUUAUCUGCAGAAAAAUUAUCAAGCCCAAAUGACAGAGCUAGAGGAUAAGCAUUUAUCAAAUAUGGAUACUUUGGAGUCCAUCUAUCUCUCUGAAAUUCAACUCCUGCGGGACGAGCACAGACAAGCAGUUGAAAGUUUACAGGUAAAUUUGCAAGAACAGCAACUUAAACAGGAUAAGGCAAAUCAAGAGCUGUUGGCACAAAAUCUAGCGAGGAUGGAACAGAAACACGCGGAAGAGCUGCAGAUUUGCCAAGAAAAUCUGAAAAUACAGCUGGCUACAGCUCACAUAGAAGAACUUAAACUAAUGGCUGCCGAACUGGAAGAAGCUCAUAAAGAGGAUUUAAGGGCAGAGUUAGAAAAACAGAGAUGUUUAUUAGAGCAUGAUUAUCAUAAAUCCUUGGAUUUGUUACGGGGAGAAAUCCUUGGUAUGGAGGAGCAGCAUAAGAAAGCAAUGCAGGAGCUUCAGGAGCUUCAUAUUGCAGAAAUUCAGAAGGAAAAGGAACAUUGGCAGCUGCUUCAGAGAGAGAGAGAGCAGCAGAACUCAGACAAGCAGCAGCUGGAGGCAAAAAUUAAAUCUUUAAACAAAGAGAUGGAAGAGGCCCAUGCUGAACUGAAAAGCUUACGGCAACGGGACAGAGAGAAGCAAGAAGGAGAAGCAUUAAUAGCUCUGUUGAGAUCUGAUUUUGAGCUUUCUAAAAAUGAACGGAAAAAAUUGCAAGACUGUAAUCAGCAGGCUUUGAGAUUACUUUUGAUAAUGGUGAAAGCCACAAAAGAGAUAGAAGGCCUUAUCAGCAAGAAGACUGGCCUUUGUCUUGAUGACAGCCUGGCAUCUGGAGAUUCGGGAGAGAGUUACAGCACAAUUGGAGAAAUGGCACUUUCUCAAAAAAUGAUGGAGCAAGGGGACAUGAAGAAAAGCGAGAGGGUUCACCAAGGGCAAGUUCUUGAUGAAACUCUACCUGAACACAGCUUUGACUCUUUGGUGCCUGAUGAAAGGUCUGAACUGAGUCAGCAUUUAUGCGAAAGUAUUUUUGAAAACCCAGAUCUGGUAUUUGAAAAUGAAGAGAGAAUCCAUAAAAUCUGUCAUUCUGUGCAUAUUGCUGUGGAAAAGGUCAUAGAGCUGCUUGCAGAAUCAACUAAACAAAGAGAAGAGGAAUUCAAACGUAGGAAUUGGGAAGCCUGCCAGGUCAUUAAUGAGCACCGUGAGCUAAUGGAGCGUCUGAACGAAGAGAGCGCAGCAAAGAACCAACUGGCAUUGGAGCUUCAUAAAGCAAGAGGGCUCCAUGAAGGCUGUUUAUCAGAGAGAGAUACUUUGGAAGCAGCCCUGCGUCUGAAAGAAGAAUCUGAGCGCCGUCUUAUUGUAGAAUUGGAGAGGGUGAAAGCACAGGUCCAAGAUCUUACCGAAGAACAUACAAGAUGCAUUGAAGAGCAGAAGUUAAUACUAAGUCAAAAGAAAGCUUUGACUGCCAAUUUAGGGGAGAGAGAAACUGACUUAUUGAAGGAAGUUGAACGUCUCUCAAAAGCGAAGUUAGAACUGCAGUGUCAGGCGGAAAAGGACUGCUCCGCCUGGAACGCUCAGGUGAAAAUGUUAGAGGCGGAGCUCGAAGAGCAGCUGCACAAAAAUCAAAAGAUGGCAAUGAUGUCAUUAGAAGCUGUUGAUUUGAAACAACAAAUACAAGCCCUUGAGAGACAGUUGAGGAGUCAACGGGAUUUCAUGGAUAAACAAGCAGUUGAAAGAGAGCAUGAACGCGAUGAAUUUCAAGAGGAAAUUCAGAAGCUGGAAAUGCAGUUAAAACAAACAGGAAAAAACCAGGCUUCUGGGCUUUUGGUAGAGUCCCUCUAUGACGAAAUCAAAGAAAAAACAGAUGAUUACAAUAAGCUUUUCAUGGAAAGAGAGCAAUUGCAGACAGAACUUACUCUUCGAAAUGAAGAGACAGAAAAGCUGGCAGCAAGGGUCAGAGAACUAGAGUCCCUCAGCAUGGAAGAGGCAAAGAAUGUCAGCCAGCUGACAAAAGAAGUGAAGAAAAUGAAAAAAAUGGAAGCUGAAUGGAAACAAGAUAAAGAAGCAUUGCAGCAGCAGCAGUACAAUAAUUUGAUUCAGAUUUCUACUCUGCAAUCCAAACUGGAUGAAAUCAGACACAGAGUACUUCCGGAAGAGGAUAUAGAUCAUACGUUAAAGGGAGAAUUAAAAGCGCAAGAGGAGCUUCUAACAAAAAAGAGAGAAGUCGAAAGCUUGUUAGAGCAACUCAAACAAUUUGAAGAGGAUUUGAUGAAUAAAAAUGAUGAAAUCUUGAACCUUCGUUUAAAAUCUGAAGUGGAAAAAAGAGACUACGCCUCCAAAAUAAUCCAGCUUCAAGAAGAAAAUGUGUACCUGAAAGAAAACAGUGAAAAACUUAACAGGAGUCAGAGUCCAGGGAAUGGUGACUUGGCUCUUCUCCAGUUUCUCAAGUCCUUACUUGAAGAAAAGAAUCAAGAAACAGAUCAUUUGAAUACGCAGAUUGCGCAACUAGAACAUGAGCUUGAAAGCUGCAAGGAAAACAAGGUUUUGGAAAAGCAAGCAUUGAAAAUUGAGGACCUGAAGUCAGUUAUAGAACAACUCUGUGCUGAAAAGGAACAAUUGGCAAGGGAUAAAUCAGAAGAAAUAGAACAGCUGCAUGGUGUAAUUGAAAAUCUUCAAAAAGAAUUACUGCUUUGUGGACCGAUUGACGAUGAAGGUGAUGAUAGCCAAGACCAUUCUAAUACCCUUGUACUAGAAGAGCAGGAAGAGAACCUUCAAACUGAAUCACAGAGCGGAUCAUUGACUCCUCCGGAGAGCAGAGAUGGAGAUGGAGAUGCCAGCUGUUUGCUAUCUCAGUCCAACCAGCAACACCUUCACCACCAGCUAGAAAUAGCUUUGGCUGACAGGGAAGCUUUGCAGCAGCUGUUUGAAGAAAAAGAAUCUUGUUUUAACAUAGAAAUAAAAAAUCUGGAACAAAACCUUAAGAACAUUCAGGAGUCUUCUAGACAGUACUUCAGAGAGCUAACGGAUUUACAACUACAGCAUAAGGAGCUGCAGGAAGACUACAAGCACAUGGAAGUUUGCUUAACAGAAAGGAAUUCUGAAAUAUCUGUCGCUACUUCCUGUAUUCAGGAACUUAAAGAUAAACUGAGAGAAAGGGAAGCUGCGUUUUCAGAGAGAGAACUGGAACUCCAGGCUGUGUCAAAGCAGAAGGCAGAGCAAGUCAUUGAAGUGCUGCGAGAAAAAGAAAAUGUUGUGCAGCUUGAAAAUGAGUUCAAGGCCUUAGCGGCCACCCUGCAUGACAAAGAGGUCACUUAUCAGAAUGAAAUCAGUGAACUUAAAGCUGUGGCCGUGGAACUUAAGUCUCAGAAUGAGAAGUCCAUGGAAGAACUGGAAGCCCUGCGGUCCGAGGGAGCUCUUUUUCACUUACAGUUGAAGUUGUCCUUGGAAGAGGACCAAAACGUCGAUCAGAAAGAAACUAAACUUUAUAAAUCAAUGUUGGAACAAGAUACCUUCCAGCUUCCUCUAGAAACGGAGGAAGGGAGAGAAGAGCAAGAACUAAGUAACAAGCCAUCCGUGUCGGUUCAUAGUGGCAAACUGGAAAAAGAUGUUCUAACGACUGAUCACGAGACCUCUAGCAAAAAUCUUAGUAUUCAAGAUGAACACCUCGAAGGAAUGCCUUUGAUCGAGGAGGCAGAAACAACAAAUACUGUAAAGGAACAACGGCAUUUAAAACUGCACGGUCAGCAGACAUUGCACGGUAAUCAAGCCCCAAAAUCUUGGACGUGCAACUUAAGCAGCCUUUCACAAAACAUGCAGCCCAUUCAACAAAUACCAGAAAACUUCCAAAGUAUGGUCAUCAUGGAUAAGACUUUGUGGGACUCUCCUGAGAUUAUGAGAAAACAAAAUAGUAUGGAACUCCAUGCAAGUGGUCAUCUAACCCCCUUCUCAGAAAUGGAGGCCAUGCACAGCGCAGCUUUUGAAAGCCUGUGUUCCGAGUCCUCGGUCAUACAGGCAGACUCCUCUGGAUCGUUGAGGUAUAAUCAAGAAACAGCAAACAGCUUCCCCUUCCAGUUUCCAGCAUUCUCAGGACCUACCUUCCUGGACACAGAAUACAACGGUGGUCAGGGAAACAUUUUAUUACGAGAUGCUGAAAACGUCACAUUGAUGCCAUCUGAAUUGCAAAAUGAUUUAAGAUCAACAAUGUCCAAACUUGAAGGUGCAAGCACCGAUUUUGGCUGCGGUACUCAUUCAGAUUUAGUUCUUCAGUGUAGUAAUGAAAAUGAAGAAGCCACAGUACACGAAGGUGGCAAUGGCACACAAUGUCUCGGAAUUGUUCCAGGGGCCACUGAACACAGAACGAAGGAGAAGGAAAUGUUUUCACAACAGUUAAAGAACAUGUUGAAGAAGGUAGAUGAAGAAAGCUACAAAAUACUGGUUUUGUCUGAGAAAACCCUGCCUGUUAAAGAGGAAAAAAAUGUUCAGCAGGCACCCCUAAUGGAAGGAUUGCGAAAAGAGAGCCUCACCUUGCUCAAUGCAGUACAGUCGUUGAAGCAUUACCUGAGCACAGUGCUGCAUAAAGAAGACAAGGAAUAUUCAUCUGCCUUUUUUGACUGGAGAGGAGAACUACUUCAGGCAGUCCAGUGUGUGUUGGAAAAGGAGCGAAAAUUGUUGCAAAGCUACUUGCAGUCACAUUUUUGCAAUUCUGGAUCUGGAGAUGAAGGAUCAUUGGUAGAAAAGCUGGAGUAUAUAGCAGAACAGCGGGAACAGCAGCAAAAAGUAGUUCUGGAGCAUCUUUUGUCUUCGGACAGAAACAGCUUGCUUACCGAAAUACAAGACCUCCAAGCUCAGUUGCGACUGAUGCAUCUUCAAAACCAGGAAAAGCUGCAGCAACUCCAAGAGACUCUUACGAACACAGAGAAUCAUGGAAGCAAACAAGAACACCAGCUUCGAAGACAAGUUGAACUACUAGAAUAUAAACUUCAGCAGGAGAAAUCCAUUGCAAGUGACUUGCAGACUUCUCUAAAAAGUGAGCAAGAAAAGGUCUCUGAGAUGCACAAGCUACUGAAAGAGGAGGACACUGCAAUAAUGAACUUGAAACUGGGUCUCUCUGAAAGCACGAAUACAAAUGAGCAGUUGCAAAAGGCUUUACAGAAUCUCCAAAAAGAAGUAAUAAAGUACAGUUCUGCACUGGAAAGCAAAGAGAAAAGUAUGACAUCUGUACUUCAAGAGUUGCAGAAUACACGCCUUAAAGAAAAAGAGUUACAGGCUAUGUUAGAUGAACAACAGCAGCAGAGGAAGAUAAAAGAGGAUGAAAAAUCAAAAGCAAUAGAGGAGCUGCAGGCUGCCUUGGAGCUACAGUGCAUUCAAAACAACCGGUUGUCUGUGGCUUUAGAGCAUGAGCAGACCGCAAACAGCAACCUGCGUAAAGAACUUCAGAUAGAGCAUUCUCGCUGCGAGGCCUUGCUGUCCCAAGAACAGAGUAAGUCAGUAGAACUGCAGAAGAAUAUAGAUGCUGAGAAGAGCCACUGUUCAGAGCUUUUAAGUGCUUUGGCCCAUGAGCGUGUUUUAACGGAACAGCUGAGCAGGAGAGUAAAUGAAUGUGGGUCUUGUAAGCAUAAAGAUUCACUGCAAGAAGAACUGCAAGCUCAGUUGGCUAUAGAGCGGUCCCGUACCAAGGAUCUGGAAGCCAUCGUUGAGAGGACGCAACAGCAGUUUCUUGAUUCCAAGAAGCAAAUACGCGAAGAAGCGGAGAGAGAAGAAGACCUCUUCAGAAGUUUGCAAAUUACGCAGUCAUCUUUGCAUAAUCAAAAGCAGGACAUUAUCCAUGCCUUGGAGACAGAGAGGGAAAAGGAGGCCCAAAUGAAAAAGGAAUGGGAACAAUUGCAGGCCAUCUUCAGAUCCCUGACGGAUCAGGAGAACACAGCAGAACAAGGAGCAAGAGAGACGAGGCCAGACCGACAAACGACAUUGGACAAGCUAAAGGAACUGCAGAAAGCUCAAGAAAGCCAGUUAGAAUUACAACAUUGGCAGAACGCUGGAAGAAUCGAGGAACUGCAGCACAUGCUAGAAGAAUUGAAAGAGCAGGAAGUAUACAUUCAGGUCCAACGCAAACUGCCUUCAUAUCCUUCGAGAAAUUGUACUGCCAACGUAUCAGUUAACCCGCAGCUGCAAAUGGAACAGCAGAAACUAGAAAACAUCAGAGGACAGUUGCUCCUUGCUGCUACUUACCUUUCUGAGUUUGUGUAUAAAGACAGAACACUUAACUGGCCUGCCUUAAAUGAUGAAACCAUUUCAACCUUGUUGCGUACACUUGAGGAUCUGAAAGCAGAAUUACUGACUUCUUCCAGACCUUUGGCCUCCCCUACGUGUAUUAUGAACUCCAUGCAGGAAUUGGAAAGAAUUGCGUGGCCACAAGAGAAGGCUGUUUCCCAGAAUGGUUUGAAAGCACCAGAGUAUGAAGUAACAAAAACUAAUCCUGUGUCUGAAAAUAAACCAACCACGGGUCCCUCCAACCUAAAGCUUCAGAAGCUAUAUAGGAAGUAUUUGCGAGCUGAAAGCUUUAGGAAAGCUCUCAUUUAUCAGAAAAAAUACCUUCUGUUGCUUCUGGGUGGAUUUCAAGAAUGCGAACAAGCAACUUUGUCCCUGAUAGCUCGUAUGGGCAUCUAUCCGUCCCCUCCAGAUCUUAAAGUUUCUGAAUCACGGAGCCGUUCUUUUACAAAGUUCAGAUCUGUUGUUAGAGUGGUCAUUGCAAUAUCAAGGUUAAAGUUUCUGGUGAAAAAAUGGCAUAAAGUAAGUAGAAAAGAGAUGGCUUCAGAAACCCUUUCACAUAGGACUGGACAUAACUCAAAUCCCAGAGGUAAAAUACAAGUAAUCAAGCAACCGCAGUCUUUCCCAGCUGUUGAUACAUCAUCUCCAGUAACUCGCGAAACUGGCUGCCGCAACAGAAACGUCACUGUGAGACUUGGAAGCGGCUCGCUGAAAUCACCACCUCAAAUGAAUGCCAGGUUCACUAGCUCUUCCUCUCAGGCUUCAUCGAAGAUUCCUGAACAGUCCUUAGCGGAAUACAUUGCUUAUUUGGAGGCCAUUCAGCAAAGACUAGGGGUGAUGAUGCCAGAACCAGAGAAACCUUAAACAUGGCCAGAACUCAUCCUGGGUCUUGCUGGAACUGCAGCUCCUGGAACUGGAGACUGUCUCGGUCAACAAACCGCCAACAACAAACCGCCUCACACAAGCCACAAGCCUGCAUACUCAGUUGAAUAAAAUGCUCUGAAUAUCUGCAUGUUAGUUUUACAUCCGAGUUUUGUACAAGCUUUUUCUAUACUUAAAUGUUUUUAUACUUUGGGGGUAGUGACUGUUCUGGUUGAAAACAGCGCUUCAGAAUUUUAUUUGAAAUAACACAUACUAGCUAAGACCACCCAGUAUUGCUGUAUCAUCAAGGCAGCUGUCAUUUGUCUUUUUUACUAAAGAAUUUGUAAACAGUUAUUAAAAGACUGGUGAGGUUUUUAUUUAGUACUA